UGGGAAAUAAAAAGCUCACUAUUAACAUAGAACAAGAAAAUAGACUCACAAUGAAAGAAGCAUCAGGUCAAGGUCGUACUACAAUGAUGUUACUUAAACGACUGGGACCUAUUAUAAACGGCAACAUAGUAAUACAGAUAGGAAACAAAACCUUUCGUGAACAAAGUGUGGACAUGAGAGAUCUAAUUAAAAAUAUAAUGAUUUGUGAAAGAGAUUCAGUCAAUAUCACUUGCAGAAAAGAAAAUGGCGAUAUUAUAAAAACCACAUUAGAAAAUAUUCCAUCCAUCUUAAAUAAGUACUUAAAUGUUGUAGAGUAUUUCAUCGAAAGUCCAAAUAUGUGGAUUGGGAUAAAAGUGGUAAACGGAAACCUCACUCUUAAUCUAGAACAAGAAAAGAAGCCCAAAUUAACUGAAAAAAAAUUGGAUUUUACCUCAGGAGGAGGCUUCAUCGAGUUAGAAAGACUACUAGAACCUGUAAAUGGAAUCUUAAUAUUAUCUUUCGAUAACAAAAAUAUCAGUGUGCCUGUCUCGGACUUUGUUUUAAUUAGAACCCAUAUAGUAUUGAAACCUUAUUAUACUAUAAAGCAUAAUGGAACAAAAGUCAAUUUAGCCCAAGAGAAGAAGAAUUAAAUUUUCAACAAUUUUACAUUUGCAUGUAUUUUUUAUAAUUAUAUAAAAUCUUUUUCGUUAUAUGACUUGG